AUGGUCUUCCCAGGUCGAUUUAGCUCAGGCUGCUUGCGCUGUCGUCAGCGAAAAGUCAAGUGUGAUGAGGGAAAACCGACGUGUCGACGAUGUUACAACUACGGGAAGCCCUGCCUUGGAUAUACCGAUGAGUUUCAAUUCCGACAUGCCUCGCAGAAGAAUCGCUCGCAGAGCGUAUCGUCAACAUCAUCGAAAGCGUCACCCACAGCAACCACCGUCACCACAACGAGCCCGCCGCCGGUACAGAACAAGAAGAAGCCCGACACGUCACCGAAGCCCAACACACGACUCGUAGAGGCCGCGAACCGACGGAGAUCCGCGGCCAUGGCCAUGGUUCGACACCCAACAGAAUCAUACGAGGACAUGUCGCUCUGCUACUUCGUUCGUCGUUUUGUCUCACCUGAUGACAAUGAUGGGUUUCCCGGCCACUUCACAUUUCUGCCGGGUCUGUACGAUCACCACAAGAAUGGACUCAUCGAGACUGCGACGCUCAGCGUGGCUCAACUGGCGGCUUAUAAUCACUUGGGCAAGGAGGAGCUUCGGACGGAAUCAAUGAAGAAUUACGGGCGUGUUAUUAGGGGUCUACAGCAGAGUUUUCGGUCGGACGACCAGGCGAUGGAUGACAAGACGAUUGCGACGAUUUUGCUUCUCUGUACAUACAAGGAUUUUAGUGGCGAAGGGUUAGGUGAUCCGAAUGAACAUGCUUCAGGUCUUUUCUAUCUGUUGGAGAAAAGAGGGCCGAGUCAGAUUGGGACAAGACGAGGAUCAGAGCUCUUUAUGCUGGCUCAUUUGCGACUGCAAAUCUAUUCUUUCCUCCACGGCGACGACACCUACACCGAUCCCGGCGCCAUAGCCACUGUUAUCGGUAUCUUCGACCCUCUGCUCCGGGCCUUAGGAAUGAUGUCACGAACACUGUCACUCCGUCAUCGGUUAGGCUGGCUCAUGCAUUCCGAGCUGUUCCAGCAAGACGGCCAAAGCCCUUCGACAGCAUCACAAAGUAGCGCAGGAUCUGAACAAGAGAGACAAUUAAUACAGGAAUGCUUCGAUAUGCUUGACAGCUUCAACACCUGGGACUAUGAGGCGGCAUCGUACUGGCAGAGCACCUUUGAAGGUCGCGGUGUCCCCACGGCUCUCGGCGAAAUGGGCUCGGGAGCGGUACAUUACGAUUCCGAGACAGCGUGUAUCAUCAUCUUGAUCCGCUCAGCGCGCCUCAUCCUCCUUCAAAGCUUGCUCAUGUACCAGACUACUUUACAAACCCUGGACGAGGAUGGCGAACCUGGUUAUGGGGCCAUGUGGGCGGAAACAGUCCCACUUCUGGAGUCUGACGUGCGUAAAACUAUUGAUGAUAUGCUGGCCGGCGUGCCAUAUGCCCUAGGAGACAUUGACCCGAAGGGUAUGCCUGCUACAAUGACAUACGACGGGGCUGCCGCUCUCGUUAUCGUGCAUUCCAUUAGGCUUGUUACACAUUGCAUCUACACGACACCUUCACAGAAUGAGAGAGCUGAGAUAAUCUUGACCAGAUUGAACUCAGCUAUAGGAUUGAGAUCCGCCGUUGGAAUGCUGGCCGGGGACAUCUCUAAUUUACACCUUGGUCCGUCGUCGAUUGCAGGUUCACCACCAGGUUUGAUAGAAUCAGGCUUGGCCAGCGAAAGUCCUGAGAGCAAGAUUUCUGGUGUAUUGAGUGAGGUGGAAUUGCUAUUUUCUUGA